UUUAUAGCAGGGUUGAAUACCGGCCGGGUGUCGUCCUUUGCGAUUCCCACCAAAACCCUAAUAACUCACUCUCGUCGACGAUCUUCCUUGACAAUGUCCGACGUGCCUCAGGAUGUCAUCAAACUGGUACUCUACCGGCUUCCUCCCAAGUCCUUGCUGCGUUUCCGCUCCGUUUGCAAGGCGUGGUGCUCUUUGAUCGACAGCAAAGAGUUCAUCAACGAGCAACUGCGUCAGUCCCGUGAAAGCAACUCCAAUCGCAGUGUUUUGUUGGACUCCGAUGAACUCUUCCACUUACGUUUCGAUGAUAAAUUGGUGCGAUUAGAUACGGGGAACUUUCCAUGUGAACCUAAAUCUGUGGUGGUUUCCUGUAACGGUCUCGUUCUCAUUUCAUCCGCCUAUGAUAAUAUUGUUCUGUGGAAUCCUUCCACGCGAAAGGUAAAUAAAUUGCCUUCGACGCCUUUGGAUUUUCCAGACUAUACUGUUUUUAUGCAGGUGCGAUGUGCAUUUGGUUACGAUUCUAAGCACGACGACUAUAAAGUUAUUAGAGUGGUUCAGCCAAUUGGUGAAAGUGAAGUAGGCAGUGAAUGUUUUCCUUGUGCUAAAAUGUAUAGUCUCAGAUCAAAUUCCUGGAAAACGAUCGCAGAUUUCCCUUACGUGUUGCCAGGCGAAACAAACUGGGGCGGUUAUCUGAACGAUACCCUGCAUACGUUUGUUGAGAGCGGUAACCGCUCUGGCUCAAUAAUGGCGUUUGAUCUCGCGAAGGAAGAGCACUAUGAAUUUCCGAAGCCAGAAUACAAUAGAGCGGAUUGCUGCUUGGUGUCGGUGGAGGUGAUGCAAGGAUAUCUUACGCUUGCUAUUUCUAGAGAAUCGAUAAACAGUGAGAUUUGGGUGAUGAAGGAGUAUGGUGUGAAGGAGUCAUGGGUGAAAUUACUGGCUCUGGUUCCACUAACCUCCAUGCCUUGCCAACAUCUAUGUCCACUGGCUUAUUCUAAAUGCGGUGACAAGGUUUUGCUGGUCUACAAUGGCGCGUUGCUCAUGUGGUAUGAUUUGAAGACGAAAACCAGAGGAGUUGCUUGUCUUGAUGGUAGUCCGUUUAUUGGCGACUCUGGUGAUGAUAAGAUCCCUACCUUCAAUGCUGUGGUAUGUGUUGGCAGCCUCGUUUCCCCUCAUAGUCCAGCCAUGGCAGAAGGCAAGACAGGAAGAAAGAAGAUUAGUAAGAAAAGGGAUGAUGACUUCCUAUCAGUUGGCUUCAAAUUAGUACUGUGAACAAAUGUUACUGCUAACAGUGUUUCAACCCUACUCCAAAUUGAUCGACACAUCUUUCACAUAUGCUCUGAAAUUGGAGCUUCAAUCCCCUGGAGGUGGAGGUGGAGGUGGAGGUGGAGGUGGGUAAAGGUAAAGGCUAAAGAAAAAUCCCUAUUCCGAUGCCUGUAUGUGCUUGCUCUCGUAACUCUAACCACUACCAAAUGCAUUAUGAUUUAUUUAUGCAUCUUCCAC